UAUAUGGAUAUAUUCUGUUAACAUUAUGUAUGUCCCCCGCAACUAUUUACGUGUACUGAUAACAACGCGUGCAAUUUUAAACUGCAAUUAUACUUGAGAAGAUUCUAGACAAGAAAUUGAAGGAGAAGUAGGGGGAGGGGGUUCAAAUUUGGAAGAAUAGCCGCGCAUGCGCGUCAUAUUUCUGGAUAUUUCUUCACGUGGAGCGUUUGUACCUGCUAGUAUCAAGCGUGUGCCUGUCGCCUACUGAAUCCUUGUGUAAAGACCUCGAGGGCUUGCACAUUUUGCACAAACGCGCUGAAAUGGCAUUCAGGAAGUUCCUCCCCUUGUUCGACCGGGUCCUGGUGGAACGGCUGGCCGCGGAGACGGUAACUAAAGGGGGCAUCAUGCUUCCGGAGAAGUCCCAGGGGAAGGUGCUGCAGGCCACGGUGGUGGCAGUGGGCCCAGGGGCCGCCAACAAGGACUUCUACAACUGGCCCGAUGAAUCCUUCGAGGAGAUGGACAGCACACUGGCUGUACAACAGUACAUCCAGCAGAACAUUCGCUCGGACUGUUCCAACAUCGACAAGAUCCUGGAGCCCCCGGAGGGACAGGACGAGGGCGUGUGGAAGUACGAGCACCUCAGACAGUUCUGCCUGGAGCUGAACGGACUUGCAGUCAAACUGCAGAGCGAAUGCCACCCAGAAACAUGCAGCCAGAUGACUGCCACAGAGCAGUGGAUCUUCCUCUGCGCUGCUCACAAGACUCCCAAAGAGUGUCCGGCCAUCGACUACACCAGGCACACGCUGGACGGCGCUGCCUGUCUCCUCAACAGCAACAAGUAUUUCCCCAGCCGAGUGAGCAUUAAGGAGUCGUCCGUCGCCAAACUGGGCUCGGUGUGCCGGCGAAUCUACAGGAUAUUCUCCCACGCCUACUUCCACCACCGCCAAAUAUUUGACAAGUAUGAGAACGAGACGUUCCUGUGUCACCGGUUCACGCGCUUCGUGAUGAAGUACAACCUGAUGUCCAAGGACAACCUGAUCGUGCCGAUCCUGGAGGAGGAGGUCCAGAACGCAGCAGCGGGAGAGAGCGAGGCGUGAGGCCCCGCCCCCCUCCUCACCUGAGGCCCCGCCCCCCUCCUCACCCGAGGCCC